AUGAGUGACAACAAAGAGUUAAUCUCUUCUUUAGUGGAAACAAUUGAAGGAAACGAUUACUUACUCAUUCAAAUCCUUAUUCGCGUGCCUCUUAGAGAUAUCAUAACCUUCAAAUGUGUCUCUAAGUGGUGGCUAUCUCUCAUCUCCGAUCCUUUCUUCAGCCGCUGCCACGCCACCGUAAAACAAAGCAUUUUCGGUUUGUUCUUAGAUCUCGCCCUUGACAUUGGAUUGUAUCAGGAAGUGAAAUUCUUCUACGCAGACAAGAAAACCUACCGCUCAUCCUUUUCAUCAUUCUUCUCCAAAAACCCCAAUUUACGUUCUUCGCUGACAACACAAUCUUGCAACGGCUUGAUGCUGCUCGAAUCGGAAGACCCCGUAUUUAUCUAUAACCCUACCACCGAAGACAAGAAAACAUUGCCCUUUUGCUUUCAAUCGUUAGAUCCAUUAAAUUUGCAUUACUCUCUAGCUUUUGAUCCCAUGCGUUUUCUCAGUUAUAAGGCUAUCUGCAUUUUUUAUGGCAUAAAUUCAAAGAAUGAAUGCUUCCAAAUCAUGAUUUACUCUUCGGAAUCCGAUGUGUGGAAGCGCGGGUGUUCCUUCCCGCCUACCUUCCCCGUUGAUUUUCAUAGGGCGACCUAUUUCAAGGACUCAAUUUAUUGGAUCGGAAGCAAAACGACACUGUGUUUUGAUCUGAAGGAAGAGCGCAUGAAGGAUGACAUGCCCUCGUUGCCGCCAGAACCUUGUCAUUAUAGAUACCUUCUUGCGCCUGCAUGA